UCUACUUCUGUUUGCAUAGUAUUCAAUGCAUCCGCAGUCUAUAAGGGUGCCUCGUUAAAUGAAUCUACCCUGGUUGGGCAAAGCUGCAGAAAGACAUUCUGGACAUCCUGAUCAAAAUGCGAUCAAAAUCAGUAGUUAUUGCUGGAGACAUUUCGAAAAUUUUUCUCCAGAUACAACUGGCUCCAACCGAUCGAGAUUAUGUCCGGUUUCUGUGGCGCGAUGAGAAGAAUCAAGUAGUGCGAGUCUGUCGUUUCUCAAGUCUAGUAUUCGGUUUGGCUUGUUCACCAUACCUCGCCAAUGCGGUAAUCCAAGAUCUAGCCAACCGACAUGGCAGUUCCCAUCCCAUGGCCAGUCAAACCUUGAAGAACUACAUUUACGUUGACGAUGUGUUCAUCUUCGCUGACUCCUCGGCUGAAGCCCUUACCAAGCUUGACCAAGUCAAUGAAGUGCUUCAAGAGGGGAGCUUCACACUUACAAAGUUCUAUUCGAAUAGCUUAGAGGUGUGCAACGCAAUACCGGAGGAGAAGUUAAACCCAAGAGCUCUCUUACAUCUCCAGCCAGAUGAACAAAAAGCCAAGGCCCUGGGCGUGUCCUUCCACACCAACACGGAUGAGCUAGUUUAUCAAGUCCAUUCGGUAGCCACCAAGUGGGACCCCAAUGCCGUUGAAACCAAGCGCACCGUGUUGUCGAAAAUCGCAGGAAUCUUUGAUCCAUUAGGCCUAGUGGCCCCCCAAACCAUUCUUCUCAAAAUAUGCAUGCAGAGCAUAUGGAAAAGGGGAAAUAUUGAUUGGGAUGAUAAACUUCCCUCGGAUAUACAGGAAGAGUGGACUCAAGCAGUAAAAAUCUUGGCCCUUCAACAGACUCAGUAUUUCCCGAGGUACAUUGGCUUCAAAACUCGGGAACAAAUGGUAGAAUUGCAUGUGUUUUGUGAUGCCUUAAAAAAGGCCUAUGCGUGUUGCAUCUACAUACGUUACGUUCUGGGCGAUAACAUCCGGGUCACCCUGUUACUCGCUAAAGCAAAAGUGGCACCCACCAAAGCCUUAUCGUUACCGAGACUGGAAUUGAUGGCUUGUCGAAUUGGGGCGACUCUGCACCAAAGAGACCGGAAUGUCAUGGACCACGUGACGUUGUCAAAGUUCUAUACGGACUCAACCAUUGCCCUGCAUUGGAUCAACACGAAGCCAGAAAAGCUCAAAACGUUCGUAUCCAACCGCGUCACCGAAAUUCAGAAGCUCACGGAUCCGUCAGAUUGGAGGUACGUUCACACCAAGUCCAAUCCUGCCGACGUACCCUCCAGAGGCUUGGCCACCCCAGCAGCCCAGAAACUCUGGAGGGAAGGGCCCCCAGAGCUAGCUACCAAGCAGUGGUCACCAGUCAGUCCAAUGGAAUAUUCAAAGCCCGUCCCAGAGGCCGUGGCUGAGUGGAAACAGCAGACACGGGCGGAACUACAGAACAGAGCCUCAAUGCAAUCGAAUGAACUGUGCGCACUAGGGAUAGAGCAAGAGAAGGAACUGCUAUUUGGGGUGCUAAAUCCAGCAAGAUUCAAUUCAUAUUUGUUCCUUGCGAACGUUAUAUGUUACGUGCUCAAGUUCGUCCGCCGUCUACCCAAUAUCAAUUCUUCCCCACCUUGGAAAGUCUCUCACCGCUUGGCAGCAAUGAACACAUGGAUAAAGCAGGUGCAAACCGAAGAGUGGCCUGAGCUAAAACGGAAAUUAACGGCGUUGGAACCACUGCCACGAUCGCACCGGUUCCACAAAUUCAACCUGUUUGUGAAUCGUCAAGGUAUCAUUUGUAUGCGAGGGCGUUUAGCUCUAGCUGAUAAACCCACCACCGAACUACCAAUACUGCCAGGCAAGCCAAAAUUGGUUCAAUUGUUCAUUAAAUAUCAACACCAAGAAUUGGCCUGCAGUGGGUUGGAUCAGCUUCAAGCGCAUCUUCGACAGCAAGUGUGGAUUUUUGGGGGAAAAAGAACCCUUAAAACCGCAAUUGCACAUUGUCCAAAGUGUUUCCGAGACCGCCUCACCCAGACAACAAGCCAACCAAGUCAACUGCCUCCCCAACGAGUGACUUUCCUCCCCCCAUUCUCCAGGACCGGCCUUGAUUAUGCUGGACCAUUGUUUACCAAGCAAGAGGGAGGGAGAGCCCCAGAGAAAAGGUAUAUACUCCUUUUUACCUGCAUGACCACGCGAGCUGUUCACCUGGAAAUGACCAAGAGACUGAACACAGAUGAGACAUUGACGGCCAUAACCCGAUUCAUCGCUAGGAGGGGACUACCACGGCUGUUCAUGUCUGACAAUGCUAAGAGUUUUCAGCAAUCAGGAGAAUUUUUGACCAACCUGACAGAAAAGAACAUUCAAUGGCAGUUUAUCCCGCCGUACACUCCACAUCAUGGAGGAGCCUGGGAACGUCUCGUAAGGACAAUGAAGACACAUUUGCGGAGAACAAUAGGCACCGCCAUGCUCGCAGACCAAGAAUUGGAAACUGCGCUCAUCCAGAUUGAAGGCAUUAUAAACUCCCGACCAAUCUCUGCUCUGCAUGAUGACCCAAGCUCGCUCGAGCCUCUCACCCCAGCGCAUUUUCUGAUUGGAAAACCGAUUACCUCGAUGCCUCUAGAACGAGAGCCCAUCAAGGAGUUCCCUUCCGUAAAGCGUACAAACAUCGACAACAGGUCAUGAAACGAUUUGAAGCCAGGUGGAAAAAGGAAUACUUAGCCCAUCUUCAAACGCCAAGGCCUUUCGAAAAGCCAUCACCGCCAUUGGUGGAAGGGAAGAUUGUGUUCCUGAAACCCCUGGGGAAAGUGAAAAAACAACAAUGGCCAUUAGCGAGAGUGAUCAAAGUUCAUCCAGGACCAGAUGGGGAAGUGAGAGUGGUGACUCUUCAAAACGAGAAAAGCUUGGUAAAGAAAGGAGUAGAACAUGUGUAUCAAUUAGAGGAAGACACCCCAGAAAUCGGAAUCCGUCAAGCAGAGCGGGAAAAACACCAAGGAAGGAAGCCAGGUCGAAGCAAGGAAAAAGAAGCCCCCCACAAGAGCAACCCCGUGCAAGAAGAAGACGAGCCGGCGCCUGACGCAGGGAAGAGAACCACGAGAAGAGGAAGAACGGUAAAAACUCCAACAAAAUUCUCAGCAUUUGCACUGAUGGGAAUCAUAAUUCUACUGACCCUGGGAGGAGCAAUGAGCUCACACGUUAGUGCUACCCCCCCUUCAGCAAUGGAAAACACACAUGAAAUCACGAAAAACGGGUCCAGUCCGCAGAAAAGCCCAAGGAUAACCAGAAUUGAAAAACCCUACAUGAUGGAGCAUUUAGGGGUCACGUACAAGGGAAUAUCUAUGGGCCACCUCGCGUUCUCGAUCCAAUGGACCGAGAUAACACAUCUGACGGACAAAGUACAAGAAUGGUGCAAAAUCAUCAGGCAAAUGCAAGAGAAGAGCAUCCGAGGCCUAACCAAACCAUCUCAACGUAAGGACCAGGAUGCCCGUUGGAAGAAGAACGUUGUAGUUAAAUUAAGCAGUGCAUUUGAUAAAUGCAAGGGAAUCCACUUACGACUGAAGUAUGAGGACGAGCGCUUAGAAACCUUUUCGGAAAAAUCCUCGACCCCAAGGAAGAAACGAUUUUUCGCAACUAUGGGAGCUUUUGCGAUAGGGGGAGCACUCACGUUCGCUGCAGAAGAAAUUGCCCACUUAUUCCAUAGCGAAGGAUCGUAUGACAACGAAAAGACUUUGGCUCGACACAUUGAAAGGAUCGAAAAGGCAGUCCAUGACGAACAAGUUGAGGUGAAUCACUUCGAAAAGGCCGUCCUAGAGAACCACCGGUUAAUGGCCGAGAAUAUGCAAGAAGAACACCUCGACGCCUUCUUAAUCCGCACCGAUCAGAUCAUUGGAAAAUUGGUAGAAGAUCAUCGAGAUAUUAUACACCAAGUAGAGGAUCUCUUUAUCCAAGUACUGCAUCCAACGUUAAUUCCAAAGAAAGCCCUCCUUCAAGCCAUUGGCAGGAUGAACGCGAAGCUGAAAACACAAGAGCAAGAAGUUUUGCUCCACAACGUCCAAGACAUCUCUAAAAUGCCCUUCUCGAUAUUGGAAGACCAAUACACAAUGAGCAUUCUCAUCCACGUACCGCUAGGGAGUCAGAAAAAUAGGCUGGAAUUAUUCAAAAUUCACACGUUACCGUUUAGUGUCGGGACACACGGAACGAUCACUCAGUUGAGAUUACCUCCUUACUUUGCAAUGAACAACGAGCUGACCCUUUAUACAAGCAUGUCGGAAGAGGAGUUCAACAAGUGCAUCCGAGUGAAAGAACAAUUCUUGUGCAAGAUUAACACUCUCCAGAAGCAGUUUAAAGACAAUUGCGCGGCGAGUUUGUUGGCUGGGCGAGAGAUUGACCGAGGUAUUUGUGGAGUGGACAUUGUGGGGAAAUACCCAGCAGCAGUGCAAGUUGAUCCAGUCACAUUUCUUCUUCACCACCCGCAACGGGCCACACUAUACCUUGAAUGCGCUGACAAUAAAAUAAGCAAACAGAUCUUGCAAGGGACGUUCAUAGCCCAUCUGGAGGGAUGUGAAGGCAACACCAAUUUUUACCAAGUGUUGGGACAGGUGAAUUUUGGACCAAGGGAAAAGCAAUUCAUCCAGCCGGAGGAAGAGUAUAAUGCCAACAGCCUUCUGAAUGAAAAAGAAUUGAGCCACAUACAUAAUCUCAAACUUAACAAAACUAAUCCUAUAGCAGUUGAGGACUUGACCCUAAUAGCACCCACGAACUAUUAUUGGAAGAGGGUAUUACUCAUAUCAGGGGUAGUUGUUAGCCUAGUGGGAUUGGUUGUCUGGACUAGACGUCAUUGUAGAAAAGGGAAAAAACAACUCCAGACAGGGUCAGCCGAAGCAAGGCAAGCACCGGAAGAAAUACCGCUGCAGGGUAUAGCACCAAGUUUUGAAAAUGUGAGCCCAAGGGCUCGGAGAAUGCUAGCACUAGCUUGAAUAAAAAGCAACGACACAAUAUAAAAAAUCAGCUGUCUAGCAAGGAUAACGUACGUUAACGUCCAUGCCUUAUCAUUUUCGGGGGCUCUUGCCCCUCCCCGCUGCACCAUUCCCUGUGCAUAGUUGUAAAUAUUUUCCAGCACUAAUCAUAUGCAUAUUAUCAGUUCCCUUUCAGCUGUCAUUUAUUUCUCCCUUUGAUUUCCCAUUUUGUCGGCCCUUUUUUCCCCUAUGGUCAAGUUUGGGAUAAGCUGUCCCAUUGCUUGGUGAAUCAUUUGGCCGGAUGAGAUUGAGGCAAGUGUUUUGGUGAUUUACCAGAUAGAAGAGUGGCUAUGACAGCCUGAUAAUUGGCAUCAUUCUUUGCAUUCAAGGCGAUGGAAUGAAGGGCUAAAUCAGAGCCGGAUUCUAUUUGAACGGCGGAUAGAAGAAUGGAGUUAUCGACCGUGGAAGGUGGGUCAUUGUCCUGAGAAUUAUCAUUGAAAAGGGGGUACCGUGAGAGCGUGUCGGCAAUCCGAUGAUUCUUGCCUGGAAUCCAUUGUAUGGUGAACGUGUAUCCAGCCGUUUUCAUCAAAAUCCGUUGGAGACGUGGAUUGUCUACAGCUGCCAGGUUGGACCCUUUGAAGAUACCAAGUAAUGGCCGAUGAUCCGUGAUAACGGUGAAGUUCAUGCCGGCCAGGUACAUUUGACAGAGUAUGAUCGCCCAUUGGAUCGCCAGAGCUUCCAACUCGCACACGGCAUAUCGGGUUUCAGCCUCCUUCAGAUAUCUUGAUCCGCACGGGAUCAAGUUCGAAUGACCGUCAGGACGGGUUUGAAGAAGGGCAUAUCCCAGACCUUUGAGGCGUGAAGCAUCGAUUGCGAAGUGGCUGUGAGGCAUGGGCCAAAUCCGGAACGAAAUGUCCUAAUUGAUUGGCCAGACCUAAAUAUGACCGAAGGUCUGUCAGGUUGGUGGGGGCUGGAAAUUUGGAGAUUGUGGCCACCUUGGAUGGAUCCGGACUGACACCAUCUCGACUAAUGAUAUAGCCAGCGAAUUUGACAGACGACCCAACUUGUGCCUUAGCUUUAGAGAGGGUGAUAUUGUGAUAAGGAUGUCAUCGACAAUUUUUCGGACACCAACCAGGCCGGAGAGGGCUCGAUCUCCUCUUGCACAGAAUUCGUCUCCAGACGCGUUUAAUCCCAUUGGGGCUCGACAAUAAUGGAAGCGCCCAAAAGGGGUGAGGAAUGUUGUGAGGUGCCGUGAAUCCUUAUCGAGUUCGACCUGCCAAUAGCCUUUGACGGCGUCAAAAACCACAAACCAUUUGGAUGAGGGAGGAAUGGAUGUGAUGAUGUCUUUGGCCGUUGAAAAUGGAUGAAUAGGCCUCUUCACAUAUUUAUUGAGGCCUGUGAAAUCCACAACAAGUCUUACGGAGCCAUCGGGCUUGGGAACAACAAGGUUUGGGCUGACCCAAAGAGAGGGCUCGGGAGCCUCUUCCAGAGGAAGUCAUUGACCUUAGUUCUUCCUUUGUCAUCUCUUGGGCUCCAAGGUGGUCGAUCGAAUUUGAAGGGAUUAUUAGAAUGAGCAUCCUCAGGAAGUAACGGAAAGGUGUUGGGCAUCAUGCCAAGCUCGAUCAUCCCAUGCCAAGAGAGUAGAAAUUGGUUAUGGAGAUCUGGGGUCACGUAAGUAGUCACGGACGCCUUGUACUUUCCCAGACGACUAAUGAUCAGAUCAACAGCACCGUAACAUCGCAUUUUCGAAUUGUUUGCAGCUCGAAUGGAACUUGAUCUCUAGGUGUCAAUCACGAUGCCAUAAGUCCGGGCAAGAUCAGCUGAGAUCAAUGACUCUGUUGCAUCCGUGUCUGGCAAGAUGUCCAUUGUAAAAGGUGUGCCACUUGGAGGAAGAACAUGGACAACGGUGGUCGGGGUGGAACGAGCCUUGAACAUGUUGACGCGGAUGAUGGAGGAAGUGAUGGGAUUCGUGUUCUGGGAUAGACGAUCCCGGGAUUUAGAUCUUCCACGCCAGAUUUUACCGCCUUGACAAACAGACGCAAAGUGCUUUUUGGCACUUGCUGCAUGUCUUGUUUAGAGCUGGACAAUGCUCUCGGGAGUUUCCUCCACGGAGGAUGUGGCUGCAAUCAUGGUUGGGGUUAGAUCAUUUGAAAUUGAUCUUUCCGCGGUCGUUGCAGACUCCCAUGCCAUUGCAGUUCGGUGAAGAAGAUCACGAGAGGGGUCGGAUUGACGAAGGAAUUCUUCACGAAGUCGGCGGUCGGAAAUCCCAGUGACCAAUCGGAGAAUAUAGAGGUCGUCCUCUUCAAUCGUGUCCAAUUCAGCUUCCUGGCCCUCCAAUUGUAAACAAAGAUACCAGUCACUGAAUUUUUCUCCAGGCUGCUGAUCACAUCGAAAGAAAUUGUAUCGGCGUGUUAGAAGCAGUAUGUGCUGGACGAAAAUUUUCCGUAACUCUGCAAUACAUCCCUGGCUCCCCAGGAUCGGAGUGUCAUCCUUGGUUUUGGUGGAGAGCAUCUGCUGGAGUUUGAGGUCGAGGCAGGAAUGGAGAUAGCCUCGCUGUUCCCCAAGAGGGAAAGUGUCCAUGUGGUUGGACGAGUAGAACAAGGUGAAACCUGUGUUCCAUGAACGGAACUCUGCCAAAGUGCACGAAGAAGAAAGUUUCUCCGGUUUUAGGGCAAGGUUGAUCUUGGAGAUGUUUUGGUGGUUGGAGCUUGACGAAUCUGGUCGACUUGGCCGUGCCUGAGCACGAACAGAGGCGGAAGUUUUGAGAAUGCGUUCCCGGAGCUUGGAAACAUCCUUGGAGAAUUUCGUGACAUGGGAAUCCUCUUUGGUGAAUGACUCACCAUCCAAAUGUCCGCUUGACGAUGCCAGUACUUCUUCCAGAGUGUUCAGGGAGUCCUCGACUUUGGCAAAGAGGCCAUUAAUCCUCUCUACCAUGGAGAUAUCCCAAUCAGAUGUGUCCAACGAAUCCACAUCGGAAAGGAAGGAGUCGCAAGCGUUGAAAUGCCGUGAGAAGACGCUCCUCCUUGAGAUCAGUGAUUGUUUAGCCGAGUCCAUGAUAUAACGUACGAUGAGUCGUGAGUGGUGGAAUAAUUGAACCACGGGUAAGAUUCGUGAAGGAUGUGCGGAGCGUCAGGACGGUUGGGGCACAAACGAAUCCGGGGAAGGACGUGUUCCAAAAGAAUCGAAGAGAUUGAGAUGGAAGUGGGGCGAAAGUCCUUAAAACUGCUGCGCCAUGUUGAGAUAUCAAAAAGUACGUAUAUUCAAGAUGGAGUCAGGAAGAGAAGUGGUAGAACGGGUAUUGGAAAAAGGGAACUAGAAAUACCAGUAUUGGUAUAGAGGGAGGGAGGGAGUUAAUAGAUAAGAGAAAGGAUAGAUGGCGUUAUAUGAAGACUUAUCAGUUUCCUACUAGACAUCAAUUUGAAAAACCGCUCAGUUUCUAUUGUUCGUUUCAAGCCCACGGUUUUGGAGAGCUCAACUCCCUCACUGGUCACCAGUUCUGGUCGUAUUGUCCGCCAUCCAGUCAGAUUUCGACCCGGUUGAGGCCGGAUCUGGCCGGAGCGGUAUGGCAUGCUCAUGAAAAAACACCAUCGUUGCUCAUAGUUGUAUAAAUUGUUAAUCCUGGUCUCUUGAGGCAAGGCAUGAAAUUGGAAAUAAGUGAAGAAGCAACAGGCUAAUUCAACUUUGCUUCACUUGCACUUAAACAGGGACUCUAAAGAGAGGAAACGACACGGCUUUCCCCCGACCGCCAACUUAGGCCAUUGCGUUGAAUCAAGACAGUCCCUCUAGUCUCAAUAAAGCAAGAUUAUCCAUAUUACAUAUUACAUAUAAGUGUGAUGAUGCGGAUGAACAAGUGACUGAGUAUCUUGAGGAGGCAGAAAUUCCCUAAUGUCCUUGACCCAAUACGAAAGUGGUUCAAUACCAAGCACAGAGAUUUGAUGGCCAAGGAACGAGAGCUUGUUGACACCAAAUGAUACCAUGUAUUUCAUUACCGUAUUUUCCAUGCUUGUUCAUUGAUUUUUACGUGCACUAACCCAAGUUAAAGUUAAUUCAUUUCUGAUGUAUCAAUUUGAGCAUCUAUUUUAAGGUCAUUUUCAAAUUUGUUUAUUCUAAUAGAUGGAAAACGGAGUCGGCACACCCCAUAACAAGAACAUAACCUACAUCGUAAAUUUUACUAUUGCACUAAAUCAAAUGUAUACUCUUAGUUUGCAACAAAUAUUUACUCCUUCAUCAAUUCUUACGACAAGUUUGAGCCAAUUGAUGGUGUACCAUUUCUUCCAUUUUUCUUGAUUAUGGACAUUCCAUGGCGAUCACGUAAAUUUCACGCGUUUCGUUGGGGUCGUCUUCGCAACCGUCGGCGCAGGAACAAGUCCCCUCGAAAAAGAUGCACAACGAAUCUGGGUCAACAAUUACCCUGCAAAACGCAUCGCAGCACUGAAAGGCGUCAGUGACAGCAUUGGUCAUGAAGGGGUCAACACCAACGGGGUUGCACAUGUAUUCUCCACAAUUGACUGAAAAGCGAUUGCAGUCGAGAUUAAUUCCAAGAAAACAAUGCAUUGAAGCAUUUGCUCAUCCUUGAACUAGUUCACUUGAAUAGUGCUCAUCAAAUGGUACAAAAAUGCAAAAGGGGAAGGUUGAUGUACUUAGGCAAAUUGGCGGAGAUGUAAAAAGGACAAUGAAAAAAAUAACAUUGAUUCGAAAAGGUUUGUAUUUUGGCUUGUUCAACUAGUUUACUACUGUGUAACAGUCCGACAUGGUGGUACAAGAAUUUAAAGUAUCCAUAGGUACUUUAUUACGAUAAGACCUCGCGAAAAAAGUUCAACCGAAAUAACAAAAAUCACCUUUUUACAAUAUUAUGUCUACCAACGAAUGUGGAUAUGAGAUUCAACGCUGUUUUCUGUGUGGGAAAGUCAUGAAAAAAGAGAGCUUCAUGCAGUUGAGCUUGACCUACCGUCAUGGGUGCAAUCUAACCAAAAGCCCGGGCAUAAUUUUGUCAAGAAAAUUGGCCUAAGUAGUAACAAUUUCCUCUAGCAGAGAAUCAACUGGAUAUCAUAAUAUCUGCGUGAACCGAAAAACGAGUCCUAAUAUCAAAUUUUGCAAUAAAAAAAGACAAUGUUUUCAAAGUAAUGGA